AUGCAUUUUUCAAAAGGAGACAAUUUCAAAUACAAGUAUCAACACUCUUCUUCAUCAUUCUAUUUUCCUUCGGUUCCUCCUCUUCCAUUGAAUCCUUCACCUCAUGAUAGCCUUAGCAACUCGAUUCCUACGAAUGGAGAUUCCAAUGUAAUGAUAUCCUCUCCUCAUUCUUCUCUCCCUUUUGAUUCCACUCCACAACAACCACUUGUUUCUGAUCAACCUUCCAACUCGAAUAUCCAGAAUUCCUCCUCUCAUCAAGGUUCAUCCAUCAUUUCUCUUCGCCCUCCUCCAAGACCUCCCUCUCUUAAACUGAAUGAGGAAGAAAGCCUUUCCCUGAGAAACAUUACGUUGAAUAAUACACCACCUUCUCAGUCUUUAUCCGCUUCAACCGUUCCUAGUUUCAUUCCUCUUUCUAUUCUUCCUUCAUCAUCUGGAGAGUCCCAUCAACAACAUAAAAGUCAUUCCGAGCAAGAUCACCAACAACCACCCCUCUCCGCACGUUCCAUUCGUUUUAAUUUAGAGCCUUUGAUUCAUCAGGACGAGAGGGAACAAUUUACAACGAAACAUUCCAACUUAAAGCCAAGAGUUCCCUCUGUUUCAUUUCCAUCGAAUCCAAUCACAAUACCACCAGGUGAAGAUCCAUUCGAAAUGGAUUCCACUCAGAAAGAAAAGAUUGCCAAGCGACCAAAGACACCUCGAACUCCUGAAUUGGCUUUGAACUCUGAUUAUGUUUCAAGGGACUGGACCAAGGGAGAGGAAGAAUCAAAAGAGACAGGGGGCGAAAAAAAAGAAGAAUCAAAGCAAGAUGAGGAAAUUACAUCAUCGCUGUCACUUGCCAGAUUUCUCAAAAGGAAAAGCAAAGAGAAUAGUUCAACAUGCCAAAACUGUUCAAGACAAGACUCUGCCAUCUCUCUUUCAGAGGUCCAACCGGUGCCUGUAAUCAACAACAAUAAUAUCUCCAAUUCUCGUUCGGUUGUUCCUUCUUCCAAAGAGUUGAAGGCGUUAAAGCAAAAAGAAAAGGAACGCCUUUCUCAAGAGAAAUUGCAAGCGAAAAUUGAGAAAAUCAAGCGAGAAGUGGGCAGUCUUUCCACACACCCUAAACAACAACUCCAAUUUCCUGAAUGUGAUCAAUUCGUUGGAAUUAAUCCACAAUAUGACAUGGACCCUUUGAAUCAUGACCAUUCUGGGUCUAAUUUAAGAAAUUCUAUUCAGCAUUUGAAAACUCUUCCAUCUAUUCCCACACCUCAGACCCCUAGAUCAGGAAAGAUUCAUUUCAUGGCUCUCUAUUUCAAAGAUCGGUUCAAAAAGGACUCCACAAAUCCAUUGACUGUGAAUCGAUCACUGAGUGAGGAAUUUAAAAAAGUACCUUACUUGACAAUUCUUCUUAGCAUUGUACAGAUUUUGAUGUUUGUGGUGAGUAUCUCCAUUGGAGGCUUGGAGUCUGUGAUUGUGAAUCCAUUCAUUGGUCCUCCAGAAGAAACAAUGAUUCUAUUGGGAGCAAAAAAGGGUCAACUCAUAAUUUCUCCAAAUUGGCAACUGUAUCGACUGGUCACACCUGUUUUUCUUCAUGGUGGUAUAGUUCAUCUUUGUUUGAAUCUGUUGUGGCAAUUAACUGUCAUGCUUCCAUUAGAAAAGCAUUGGGGAAUUAUGUACGUGGGUUUCAUCUAUUUCAUGAGUGCAUUGGGUGGAAAUUUGUUAAGUGCUCUCUUUCUACCACAAAUUACUACCAUUGGAGCAUCCAGUGCAUUAUUUGGUAUUUUGGGUGCAAUCUAUGCCGAUUUGUGGAUGAAUUGGAGAUUCAUGCCACAACCAAAAAAAGAUUUUGUCUUGCUCACAUUUCAAGUCGUAGCUCAAAUCAUUGUUGGUUUGAUUCCUUGGAUUGAUAAUUUUGCGCAUUGUGGAGGUCUUAUGGUUGGAUUUUUAACAACCCUGGCCACCAUUCCCAGAAUGAGAGACCUAAAUCCUUAUGAAGAGAGCAUGGUUGGAAGUAGUAAUGGAGGAGGAACGAAUCCUCAAGCGAAAAGAAAGAAGCUCACUGCGACCAAAGAUACCGAAAGUCAGAUGGAGUCAGUGGAUCUUGAAAGCGGCGAAGGAACAAACAAAUCUACUCAAUCCAAAACGACCAAAAAAGGAAUUGUAAAACUCAUGAAAAAGGUAAUAGGUGGAUGUUCUGCGUGUUGUUGUUGCUGUUUCUAUUGUUUCACAAAGAAAGGAAGAGCAAAAGGAAAAUUUCAUCUUUGGUUGAGAGUAGUUGCUGGUUGCAUGUUGUUUCUGUAUUUUGCAGUAUUUGGAGGCCUCUACUUUUCUCAACUCGAUUUCAAUUGUAAAUGGUGUUAUUUCAUUAACCCUGAUUGGGAUACCUUGUACGAAAUAUUUGAAUUAGCACGUAACAAAUUGUAA